AUGGAGGCGGGAGGGAGCCAGAAUACUUAUAAGGUGAUUUCAAAUUCAAAUCACUCACACGAAUUGCUACCUAUCCCCAAAGGGCCGAAUCCUGGGCCGAGGCCCAGUGAUAGAGUGACUCCAAAAGCUGCUAUGUCAAACGAGAGGGAGCGGGCCCAUGAUGUUGUGGAGGUCACUAAGAAGCCCCGAUUUGCGGAUAAGCCAGCCCAAAUCCGAACUAUUCCACAGGAAGCCCAAGGAGGACCAAACCCUGUCUCCACUGGGGUGGGGGAGUCUCCAAUUGAGGGGGGAAGGCAGUGGAAGAAGUUGUCUCGAAGAACCUUGCCAGAAAACCCGAAGGAAGAGAUUCCUUGCAAUGAAAGUUACUACGGAGGAUGGGUUUGUUAUCGAAGCUUUGAGUGGCUUCAGAGCAGCCCCGCCAAUCAUUCCGAAUCUCCUAUGUUGGAACUGCUGAGGGUUGGGGAACUCCUGGGCAGUUUGGGAGAUUCACUGGUUGGUGAAAGUAAAAAACCUCGCUUUUUGUUUCUUAUCGAGACAAAAGUGAAGUCAGAUAAAUUGCAAUGGUUACGGUGCUCCCUCGGUUUCAAGGGAAUGUUCCAGGUGGAUCCUGUUGGACAUAGUGGUGGUUUGGUUUUCUUCUGGAAAUUUGAAAAGGAAGUGAAAAUUGUGAACUAUUCUCAAAAACAUGUCACAGCGCUAAUUACCAUGGUGGGGGGGAAUUUCCCUUGGACUUUUACUGGCUUCUAUGGGCACCCUGAUCGGGCACUACAUAAAAGCUCUCGGAAGCUUCUAUCACGCCUUAGCUCUCUAUGCUCCUCUGCAUGGCUUUGCAUGGGUGACUUUAAUGAAAUUGUGAGUCAUCACGAGAAGGUAGGGUGUGCGAUCAAGAAUGAAGCCCAUAUGAGGUUUUUUCUGUUAACACUGGAAGAUUGCAAUCUGAGUGAUUUAGGCUAUCGUGGCUCUAAAUAUACGUGGAGUAACAAACGGGAUUUGACAGUUUUUGUCAAAGAAAGGCUGGAUCGGUCUGUCGCCUCCCCAGACUGGUAUGCCAAUUUCCCUAACUUCGUAGUAGAUGUUCUUCCAGUAAGUACCUUAGAUCAUCGUCUUCUUUGGUUACAAUUCGAUUCUAGAAGCCGUAUUCCUCCCAAACUUUUCCGGUUUGAAGCUAAGUGGAAUUUAGAUGAAGAGUGUUUGGUGGUGGUUAAUGAGGCGUGGAAUAGGGAGGGGGCUGUGAGUAACCCCUUGGGUAGCAUGUGGAAUAAUCUGGUAAAUUGUAAAACUAGAUUAAAAGAGUGGAGUAAGAGCAAGUUUGCUGAUGCUGAUAGACAAAUAGCUACUCUUUCCAAGAGGCUUGACAGGCUACAAAAUGCCGAGCACUUAGGGAACUUGGCUACCAUAAAGCAACUGUUCACCACAAAGGGGGUUGAAGGGAUUACUGAUUGCACAGACGCAGUUCUGGGUCGAGUAUCUCCUAAGUUGAAUGAGAAGUUAUUUGCUGAGUUUGUUAUCGAGGAAAUCAACCAAGCCCUGGCACAAAUACACCCCCUCAAAUCUCCGGGUCCGGAUGGAUUUGGAGUGAGCUUCUACCAACAUCACUGGGGAAUUAUCAGAGACCAUGUAAGGGCUGCUACUCUUCAUUCUUUAAAUGGGGGUACCUUUGAUUCUGCGAUCAAUGAGACUUUUAUUGCCCGCAUUCCUAAGUCCCCUACUGCUUCCUCAAUAAGUGAGUAUCAGCAUAUUAGCCUCUGUAAUGUACUGUACAAGUUGAUAGCAAAGGUCCUAGCGAAUAGACUCAAAUUGGUGCUGCCUUCUAUAAUCUCCCAUAAUCAAAGUGCGUUUGUUCCUGGCCGUCUGAUCACUGAUAAUGUGCUGGUUGCCUAUGAAGCCUUGCAUUCGAUGAAUACCCGAAUGAGGAGCAAGAAAGGCUUCAUGGCUGUGGAAUUGGACAUGAGAAAGGCAUAUGAUCAUGUGGAGUGA